GAGAGGGGGGAGAGCUAGCCCCUCUCGGCCAUCCUGUCCUGUCACCCAUCCCAGCCAAAUCUGAAAGGGAAAAUGAAAGAGGGACCAGGAGGAGCAGGUCCCAGCCGUCUCCCAAGAUCCCUGGCUCAAGUCUAACACCUCAGGUCCGGCCACUGGGUGAGUGGGGCCGGCCACUGGCGCCAUGGGGGAGUGGGCCUUCCUCGGCUCGCUGCUCGACGCGGUGCAGCUGCAGUCGCCGCUGGUCGGCCGCCUGUGGCUGGUGGUCAUGCUGAUCUUCCGCAUCCUGGUGCUGGCCACCGUGGGCGGCGCGGUGUUCGAGGACGAGCAGGAGGAGUUCGUGUGCAACACUCUGCAGCCGGGCUGUCGCCAGAUCUGCUACGACCGCGCCUUCCCGGUCUCCCACUACCGCUUCUGGCUCUUCCACAUCCUGCUGCUCUCGGCGCCGCCGGUGCUCUUCGUCAUCUACUCCAUGCACCAGGCCAGCAAGGAGCCGGGAGGCGCGGCCGCCGAGAAGGGGGCGCCGUGCGCGCCGGGGCUCCCGGAGGGCCCGUGCCCGCCCUGCGCCCUGCGCGCCCGGCGCGCGCGCCGCUGCUACCUGCUCAGCGUGGCGCUGCGCCUGCUGGCCGAGCUGGCCUUCCUGGCCGGCCAGACGCUGCUCUACGGCUUCCGCGUGGCCCCGCACUUCGCCUGCAGCGGCCCGCCCUGCCCGCAUACCGUGGACUGCUUCGUGAGCCGGCCCACCGAGAAGACCGUCUUCGUGGUCUUCUACUUCGCCGUGGGGCUGCUGUCGGCGCUGCUCAGCGUGGCCGAGCUGAGCCACCUGCUCUGGAAGGGCCGCCGGCGCCCAGCGGCCGAGCGCGACAACCGCUGCAACAGGGCGCACGAGGAGGCCCAGAAGCUGCUCCCGCCUCCGCCACCGCCCCCGCCGCCAGCCCUGCCCUCCAGGCGGCCCGGGCCCGACCCUUACGCCCCGCCCGCCUACGCGCACCGGUCACCGGCCGGCGACAGCGAGGGUGGCAGUGGUCGCAGCAAGGUGUCACUGGCCACGGUCCGCCAGGACCUGGCCAUCUAGCG